AAGGCACAUCGAAAUUGACACAUCUCCCAGGCUUCUGAGCUCAACAUCACACGUUAAUUGUUUAAGAGCAGUCACAUCGGAACGCAAUGUCUGGAACUUCGUCAGGAGCAGACCCCAAAAACAGCGAUUACUUCGCCAAGUCUACCGGUGGCAGAUCACAACCGUGGAGGAACUUCAGCAAGGACAAAAGCACAUCCCGCAACGGCGACGCUAAACGAGACCUUCUUGUCGUUCAAUCAGGCACCAAAAGCGGCUCUGGUUCGCAGGACUACGUAUGCAAAGAGUGUGGGAAACACUCAGCGGAGUGCGCCUGCGGCGUUGGGUUCAUCGCGGCCUGAGGUUUUGACGACGAAACUGCGCUGCGGAGACAACAUCCGUGAGAUGCGGUCUGGUCUACCUGCAGAAAUCAGGUCUGCUGAGGCAUCUCGAGGCUGGAUCAGCUGGCGAGUCAGGAUAGCAGGCAAAUCGACUGAAACCACGCAACCUCAGCAGUGCAUUUGCUAGAGCCUGAUUCGUGAAGUCCUUUUGGGAUAUCAUGCAGGUGCAUAAAGGGGGACAAUUUGACAUGAUACCACACACCAACAAGAAUUUACCUAUCACCAAACGAUUCAAGGAGUGCGUACAGAUUCGAAGGGAAGACACACAAGGCGGCUAUUAGCGGCUGGGCGACACGGGACAGGAAACGCAAACAAGAAACGACGAGGUUUUUUAACGUAUAACAUUUGCACAUUUGCUCAUC